GACCUAUCGAAAUUGAAAUACACAGCCACAUGGGAGAAAACGACCUGGGAAGCAUCUGCCAAAUGUUCCAAUUUCUUCCAAAAGAAUGGAAUGCUCCAAAGUGCCUGGUCUAUUUCUCAUCGAUGAUUUUAUAAGCAAAGAGGAAGAAGACCAAUUGUUAGCCACGUUGGACGGGAGGGCAUGGGGGGGCAAGGGGCAAAAACCCAAUGAAGAACUACGGCGACGAACUCAACAAUAUGGCUAUUUGUUCUCCUUCCGAACGCGGCAAGUCGAAGAACACCUUGGCCCACUUCCGGCGUUUGUCGAUGGUGUUGUCGAGCGGAUGCGGGCGUUUGGAGUGUUUGCCAAAGAACCACCAGAAUACUUGCUCGUGAAUGAGUACGAAAGGGGGCAAGGAAUAAUGCCCCAUGUUGAUGCCUCAACCUUUGGGUCUACAGUAACCUCGCUAUCACUGCUCACUCCUUGCGUAAUGACAUUUAGCAAGAGGGAUUCUGGAGAAAGUGUAGACAUUUUGCUGCGGCCCCGGUCGUUGUUGGUUCUCACCGGGGAUUCAAGGUACAAUUUCACGCACAGUAUAUCAAAAAAUCAAGUAGAUCAUUACUGCGGCGAACCGAUUGAGCGCGGUCGCAGGGUGUCCCUGACUUUUCGGCGCAGAGCGGAGUCGUCAUGAUCACGACGUCGGCGAUUGCGCGGUUUCCCAUUCGGAUUCUCCUCUUUCAAAGAAAAGCCCCGACGUGCAUGUAGAGACAAAUAGCAGAGACUGCACGUACGAAAUGGAGAAUAACUGCCACUAUCCCAACUCUGUUGGCGGCGGUGCGAGAUACCCUUCGGUUGUCUGAGUGAGGUAUUGCACAUCAUUGAACCGCAGGACUUCGUUUCCCCAUGACGUCCAUCCUGGAAGUAGAUUUCUUGCAAAGAUCUCGAGUUUUUGUGCGUCUCUUGGCAAGAACGGGGCGAUAGCAUCUGUAGAGUUGUUAAUGUGAGCCAUGUCCAUGAGCAUUGGAAAGAGCCGCGAUGUAUGCUAUUUUUACCAUCUAAGAGCGGUUUUCGAGAAUGAUGUUUACUGGGUACGCUGCAUAUGGCUCUCCUUGUUGGUAAGGAGGCUACGGGGUCUGGGUGACUAUUGCUAGCGUGCUGCGCUCUUCCUAUAAUUAACACUUCGUAUGGCUUUCUGUGAAGGCUAUACUCGUUGGAAGCUCUUAGCUACUUUUUGACUAGAGCAAAGAACA